AUGGGACUAGUCCAGCGAGAAUCAGCAAUUAACGGACAGUCCAAGCCGGCCAAUGAUUUAGAGCAUUCGCAAAGUCUUUACUCACAGGCCGCUCAGUAUUACGGCCUGGACCACCGUCAGAUAGAGACCAUACUGCCAUGUACGCCGUUCCAGCGCGAUGUGCUGCGUUGGGCUGCCAACGACAAGCGACAGCUGGUUAGCCAUGCUGUCUAUGAGGUUCCGAAGAAUGUCGAUAUCAAGGCUCUAGCUGAAGCUUGGAGGGAGGUUGUGCAUCAGACGCCUGCCCUGCGGACGUGCACAUUCCCACACUCUGAUGAUCACUUUCAGGUUGUACUCGCACAGAGCUUCAUAUGGAUGAAUUUGACCGUAGUUCGUCCCGACAUGAGAAAGGAGGCGGUGAUCAAGGAGGAGGCAACCGCAGCAGCAGCUGAAGCUCACUGCAAUCGCUACGCCCUACUGGAGAACCCGAGUACAAAGCAACGUCUGCUCAUCUGGACAUUUAGCAAUGCCUUGAUGGACAGAGCUCUGGAAGAGCGCAUCCUUGGACAGGUACUCGCAGUUUACGAGGGCGGAAAAGUCCAACGCUCUACGGAGAUCGGGAUGCUCGCGGACCCUGUGACCAAAGAUCCAGAACGUAUAGUCCAGUUUUGGCACAAAUACUUUCAAGACCUGAGCGCAUCCACCUUUCCUGCCGUGCCGUCAUCGUCGUCUACUGUUCCCCGUCACUAUUUAGAGGCGGAGCAUCGCGUUUCCUUGCCAGACUCCAGCAGCCGCCAGCAGCAACAAGGGUUAGGAGACAACGCCAUCAUCUGUCAGGCAGCGCUUGCGGUGCUCCUCUCUCGAUACACAAACGCUUCCGAGGCACUCUUCGGCGUCGUGACAGAGCGCGGGCAGUGCCCAACAGGCGGUCCAACACGGACUGUCGUGCCCACCCGCGUAUCCUGCGCUCCUCACCAAUCGGUGCUGGGUCUUGUACAGUCGCUUACUGCCCACGAUGCUGCCGUGGCCGAGUUUGAGCAGACUGGCCUCGACGGGAUCCGCCACGCCAGCGGAGAGCUUGGUGCUGUCGCUUGCGAGUUCCAGACGGUGCUCGUAGUGACGACCGAUGACCCUCAUCCACAUCCGUCUUCUAGGCUUCAUCGGACCGUUGCAUCGCCGGACAGGUUCCUCCCUUGGAAUGACCGCGCCCUAUUGCUUCACUGCCAAGUGACUGAAAACCCGUCGGCGGUGGUGUUGCACGCACGCUACGACCCGACCGCCAUCGACGACCGUCAAAUGGCUCGUUUCCUAAGACAAAUCGACUUUAAGAGUAGGAGCCGUACAGAUGAAACAACUAUCGCCGAACUGGAGCUUGUUACGGCAGAGGACCGAGCAGAAAUGGAUGCUUGGAACUCGGGACAGCUUGAAACGCACGAUGUCUGCAUCCACAAUGUCAUUGCAGAGAGAGCUGCUCACUCCCCGAGUCAACCUGCUGUAUUGGCAUGGGAUGGCGAGUGGUCGUACGCUGAGCUGGACAGUACAUCAUCUCGGCUCGCUCACUACAUUCAGUCGUUGAACUUGGACUUUGGCAAAGCGGUACCGCUGUGUAUGGACAAGUCCAAGUGCGUGGUAGCCUCGAUCCUCGCCCUGCUCAAGCUUGGCCGAGCAUUCACUCUCAUUGAUCCUUCUAGUCCGCUAGCUAGGAUUGCUCAAAUAUGUAGACAGACCUCUGCUACCGUUGCGCUCGCGAGCAAGAUCUACAGCCAGAGUAUGGGGGAGUUUGUGGCCCAAUGCAUUGUCAUAGACGACGAGCUCUUGGGGUCCCUUCCGCCACACACCCAUCAUCAAUUCAUCAGUCCCACAAGACCAGAGGAUCUAGCAUAUGUACUCUUCACUUCGGGCAGCACGGGCGAGCCCAAGGGCAGUCUGAUUGAGCACCGAGGUUUUGCAUCAUGCUCCCUCGGAUUUGGUCCCGCCUUCGGUAUCAACAAGUACUCCCGCACCCUCCAGUUCGCGUCCUAUGCCUUUGGCGCAUGUCUGGUAGAGAUUCUAACUACCUUGAUGCAUGGCGGCUGCGUCUGUAUUCCUUCCGAAGACCAACGCAUAAACGACAUUCCAGCCUUCAUCCGCUCCUCAGGGGUCAACUGGGCACUCUUCACCCCUUCUUUUAUCGGGGCGGUUGAGCCAGAAAGCGUCUCUUGUUUAGAAACGCUCGUACUAGUGGGAGAACCCAUCUCGGUGGAAAUGAGAGACGCCUGGGCUUCUCGCGUCCAGCUCCUCUACGGUUACGGUCAGAGUGAGAGCUCAUCUGCCUGCAGCGUGGCUCGUGUCAGCGCAGACACGGUCGACCUACAGAAUAUUGGCCCCGGUGCAGGCGCCCGCCUCUGGAUCACCGACCCCAAUGACCCCGACCGGCUCGCAGCUGUCGGAUGCAUCGGCGAACUGAUAGUCGAAAGCCCCGGCAUUGCAAGAGGAUACAUCGUCUCCCCCCAGCAGCAGCAAGUCUCUUCUGCAUUCCUUACGGCGGCCCCUGCCUGGUACCCUUCCGUGAAGCAGCAACCCGACUACGUCAGAUUCUACAGGACCGGAGAUCUCGUGUCUUACAGGUCGGACGGUACGAUUGCAUACCUCGGACGGAAGGACUCACAGGUCAAAAUCAGAGGACAGCGCGUCGAACUUGGCGACGUGGCUUAUCAUCUAGGCAAGCAGUUGCCAAGCCAUCUCAUGGUUGUCGUUGACGUUGUCAAACAAUCCGAAACAUUGCCAGGUGAGGCGAUCCUCGUGGCGUUCCUGAUAGGACCAUCCCAGCCUGUAGACAAAGCAGCCCCCAAUGCCAUGUUGGGUAAGGAUGCGUAUAUACUGGAUAACAAUGCCGCGGAUCGUAUAAGCACGCCCUUGCAGCAGGCUCUUCCCAAGUAUUCUGUCCCAUCGUACUAUGUUCGCAUGAGCGACCUUCCAACCACCGCAACUGGAAAGGCAGAUCGCAGGAAACUUCGAUCCAUAGGUGGCACCUUGUUGAAUAAGCUCCUUGGCAAGACAACAUCAUCUUCAACCCAGCCAGCGGCAGACAUGAGCUCUUCGCGUGCCACUCCAGAAGAGAAGCUGCGGCAUUGUUGGUUCCAAAGCUUAAGAGUUGAUCCCAGCACAAACAGUCACGCUGCCAGCUUCUUCGAGCUCGGGGGAGACUCCAUCGCAGCGAUCAAGAUGGUCAACAUGGCGAGGUCGCUGGGGUUGAUGCUUACCGUGGCCGACCUCUUCCGGAACCCAACCCUUACUGGCCUGGCAGUGACGAUUCGUGGCGCGUCAGACCAGCACGAACCGAUCCCAUCAACAGUCUACCGUGGACCUAUUGAACAGUCCUUCGCGCAGGGGCGCCUCUGGUUUCUAGAACAGCUUAACACGGGGGCGUCGUCGUAUCUGGUGCCGCUCGCGGCUCGUAUGAGAGGACCGCUCAAGGUCGAAGCGCUCAAUGCGGCGCUGGGUGCUGUGCAGGAGCGGCAUGAGAGCUUGCGAACAGUGUUUCGAGAGCAGGACGGUGUUGGUAUGCAAAUAAUCCACGACUACAGUCCCAAGGCCACGGUUGAAGCUGUGGAUAUAUCAGCUGAGAAGGUUGACCGUGAUGGCGGCUCUAUCAAGGUGCUAUUGCAGGAGCAGAUUGAACCUUUUGAUCUAGCAUCCGAGCCGGCCUGGAGAGUCUUAUUGCUACGGCUCGGAGAACAAGACCAUAUCCUGUCGGUCGUCAUGCAUCAUAUCAUCGCUGACGGCUGGUCUGUUGAUCUUUUUUGCAGAGAGCUCAGCCAAUUCUAUGCUGCUGCCGUGCAGGGUCAAGACCUUCACGUCCUGUCCCUCGAGAUGCGCCUCUCCAUCCAAUACCGGGACUUCUCCGCAUGGCAGAGGCAGGAUGCACAAGCAGCAGAGCAUGAGCGUCAGCUCAAGUACUGGACGCAGCAGCUGGAUGGAUCUCAGCCAGCAACCCUCCUCUGCGACAAGCCUCGGCCGGCCACGCCAUCGGGCGCCGCCGGUGUUAUCCCGCUUCGCAUCCAAGGGUCUGUAUACCAGAGUCUCCAAGCCAUCUGCCUAGCCCGACAGGCCACUCCAUUCACCGUGCUUUUGGCCGCCUUCCGAGCCGCGCACUACCGGCUCACAGGUGUCAACGAUGCUAGUAUAGGCACCGCCAUUGCCAACCGUACUCGGCCUGAGCUAGAACAAGUCAUUGGUUUCUUUGCCAACACGCAGUGCAUGAGGAUCGUCGUGGAGCAAGAAGAGACGACGUUGGAUAAGCUCAUCCAGCAGGUUCACUCUACGAUAACCGCCGCCUUUGACAAUCAAGAUGUGCCCUUUGAACGCAUUGUGUCGACACUCCUGCCCGGGCCGAGGGAUAUGUCCCGGAACCCAUUGGUGCAGAUCUUGUUUGCGGUGCACUCCCAGAAGGAUCUUGGUCAACUGCGGCUAGAUGGCCUGACAAGCGAGGCUUUGAUAACUCCGGUCAUGACUCGAUUCGACCUAGAAGUUCACCUAAUGCAGGAGGAAGACGGUUUCGUCGGCGAUGUGCUAUUUUCUACAGACUUGUUUGAAACGGAGACCAUCCAUGGCGUGGUCAACACCUUCCAGGAAGUCCUCCGUCGUGGCCUCGACCAACCUCACACGCCCAUUGCAGUGCUGCCACUCACUGACCGGCUGGCAGAGCUCCAGAGCAUGAGCCUCCUUGAAAUUGAGAGGACCGAGUACCCGCGAGAUCGAAGCGUAGUGGACAUCUUCCGUGACCUCUUGCCUGUCUACAUGGACUCCAUUGCAGUCGUAGACUCGGCCUCGCAGCUGACCUACUCGCAGCUAGAUCAACAGUCUGACGAGGUUGCCGCAUGGCUAUGCUGCCGCCAGUUUCCGCCUGAGACUCCGGUUGGCGUGCUGGCACCUCGGUCAUGCGAGGCCAUCAUCGCCCUCUUGGGCAUCCUCAAAGCCAACCUAGCAUAUGUCCCGCUAGAUGUCAACGCCCCCACAGCCCGGGCAGAAGUCAUCCUGUCAAGUUUGACCUGUCAGAAGAAGCUGGUUCUGCUUGGUAAGGAUGUACCUGUUCCAGAUAUCCAACUGCCAGGCACCCAACUGCAUCGAAUCAGCGACGCCCUGGGAUGCCGUGAUCUCUGUGAUAUGGGCCAAGUCUCGCCGUCUCCGACAAGCCUGGCUUACAUCAUGUUCACGUCGGGGUCCACGGGCCGUCCGAAGGGCGUCAUGGUCGACCACCGCGCUACUGUGCGGCUCAUGAAGCAGAGCAGUGUCUCAUCAAAGCUUCCAUCUCCAUCCACCAUGCGGGUAGCGCACCUGACCAAUAUUGCGUUUGAUGUGUCGCUGUGGGAGGUGCUCACUCCUCUCCUCAAUGGAGGAACUGUGGUCUGUAUCGACUACCUCGCCGUCAUAGACAGUAGGGCUCUGGAGACUGUGUUUGCGCAACAGCGCGUUAAUGUAGCCAUGGUCUCGCCUGUAUUGUUGAAGCAGUUCUUGGCUGAUAUCCCCGCCACGGUUGGUGCCCUCGACGCUCUCUUUGUUGCCGGAGAUCGAUUCGACAGCCGCGAUGCGGUUGAAGCGCGUAAUAUUCUCCCGAGCGGUCUCUACAAUGCGUAUGGCCCUACGGAGACUCAUAUAUUAACUCUAUAUCACGUCGGGGACUAUCAAAACACGCCUAAUGGCGUUCCCAUCGGACGUGCCGUGAGUGAUGCCGGCGCACUCAUCAUGGAUACGCAGCAGCAGCUUGUCCCAGCCGGCAUCAUUGGAGAGCUCGUUGCUGUAGGUGACGGGCUGGCACGAGGGUAUACUGAUCCCUCCCUCGAUCGUGGCAGAUUCGUCGACGUCAGCAUCAGCGGCCAGACUCUAAGGGCGUACCGGACUGGCGACCGUGCUCGCUAUCGCCCCAAGGACGGCCAGAUUGAGUUCUUCGGCCGUAUGGAUCAGCAGGUUAAGAUCCGGGGUCACCGUAUUGAACCGGCAGAGGUUGAGCAGGCAAUGCUUGGUAGCCAUGAUGCGGUCCGCGAUGCGUCCGUCAUUGUCCGCACAAGAGAUGGACACGAUCCUGAACUGGUUGGGUUUGUCGCCGCACAGAAUGACAGAUCUAGCAAUGAGGACGAAGAGUUCUCCAUGCGGAUACAAAGGCAUGUUCUCAACCACUUGCAAACCGUCCUGCCACCCUACAUGGUCCCAACGGACAUCAUAAUUCUUCUCGGUCAGAUGCCCGUCAAUGCCAACGGCAAGGUCGACCGUCGAAAGCUGAUUCAAGUGGCACACGCAACGCCGAUAAGCAGCAAGGGAGCAUCCGUCUAUGUCGCCCCCCGAAACGAGGUGGAAGCCGCGGUCUGCGCCCAGUUUGCCGAUGUAUUUGGUCUUGACAAGAUCGGAACCACGGACAACUUCUUUGGUCUAGGCGGCCACUCGUUAUUAGCAACAAAGCUUGCGGCACGCAUUGCUCGUCGACUGAAUGCUCGCGUGUCUGUUAAAGAUGUCUUCGACCAACCUGUUGUGGCUGACCUGGCAAAGAUCAUUAAGCCAGGCUCCGCCCAGCAUAAACCAAUCCCAUCAGAAGUAUAUGGCGGGCAGCCAGUCGAGCAAUCAUUCGCUCAGGGCCGCCUCUGGUUCCUAGACCAGUUCAAUAUUGGUUCAUCCUGGUAUGUCAUGCAGCUUGCCGUACGUAUACGUGGACCACUCGACAUAGAUGCCCUCGCCGUUGCAUUACAUUCAUUAGAAAAGCGACAUGAAACCCUACGGACAACGUUCCAGGAAGAAGAUGGCAUUGGCACGCAGUUGAUACACCCGGUGAAAUCCAAGAAGCUUAGGGUAGUAGACGCCGCAGCCGAGCAUGACGAUGACUCUGUAAAGGGGCUAUUAUGCCUGAGUCGAGCAACUCCCUUCAACCUAACAUCCGAGACAGGGUGGAGACCGUCGCUACUACGGCUUGGUGACAGCAACAGUGACUUUAUUCUCUCCAUUGUAAUACACCAUAUUAUUUCAGAUGGCUGGUCCAUUGACAUCAUCCGGCAAGAAUUAGGCCAGUUCUAUGCCGCGGCGCUCGAGGGCCGUGAUCCUUUAUUAGCGACAAGCCCUAUGCCUAUCCAGUAUCGAGACUUUGCAGUUUGGCAGAAACAAGAAGCUCAGGUAGCCGACCAGGAACGACAACUUGACUAUUGGACCAAGCAGUUAUCAGGAAGUACCCCAGCCCAACUUCUUUGCGAUAAGUCCAGGCCGGCCUUUCUAUCGGGCAAUGCAGGCAUGAUACCCCUGGCCGUUGAAGGCGAUUUGUACAAGAGCCUACAAUCAUUCUGCCUGGAGCACCAGGUGACGGCCUUUACAGUGCUCCUCGCGGCGUUCCGUACAACUCACUAUCGCCUUACAGCAGUACAAGAUGCAACAAUAGCCGUACCUAUUGCGAACCGUAACCGGAUGGAGCUUGAGAAUAUCAUUGGCUUCUUUGUCAAUAUCCAGUGUAUGCGUAUUACGGUCAGCGAGAAUGACACCUUCGACGACUUGGUGCAGCAGGUCCGAUCAACAACAACAGCAGCGUUUGACAACCAAGAUGUGCCUUUUGAGCGUAUUGUAUCGUCGGUACUACCUGGGUCGAGAGACACAUCCCGGAAUCCGCUUGUGCAACUCAUGUUUGCCCUCCACUCUCAACAGAACUUGGGGGAAAUCCAGUUGAAGGGAGUAGACUGUACGCCGGUGCCACCUAGCCCGACUACCAGGUUCGAUCUAGAGUUCCACCUCUACCAAGAGGCAGACAAACUAAGCGGCAAUAUCCUAUUUUCAACGGAUCUGUUUGAGGCUAAGACUGUGCAUAUCCUGGUUGGCACCUUCCAAGAGGUUCUUCGCCGCGCCCUGAACCAGCCGCAAACUCCGCUCGCUAUACUCCCUCUAACCGACAGAUUGGCCGAACUAGAUAAUAUGGACCUACUCAAGAUCAAGCGGACCGAUUAUGGUACGGACUCAAGUCUUGUUGAUGCUUUCCGCGAGCAGGUAUUAGCUUGCCCGCAGGCAGUUGCUGUCAUCGAAUCGAAUUCAUCUUCAUAUCUUACCUACGCUCAGCUAGACGAACAAUCUGAGAAACUUGCAAUGUGGUUGCGGCAACGGCGACUUGCACCCGAGACUCUAGUUGGUGUUUUGGCGAGCCGGUCAUGUCAGGCCACCGUGGCCAUCAUCGGAAUCCUUAAAGCAAACCUGGCCUAUUUACCUCUGGACAUCAACGUUCCGCCCGCUCGGAUUGAGUCGAUCCUGUCGUUGAUCCCGAAUCACAAGUUGAUCUUAUAUGGUGACGGUGUGUCUUUGCCUGAGAAACACAUACCUGACGUUGAGCUGGUCCGCAUCGGUGCAGCAGUAGGCCAAAAUGAUUCGAACGCUGCAAUAGAGGACGCAGUAAAUCCCUCGUCAAGAAGCCUUGCUUGUGUCCUCUUUACUUCCGGGUCUACCGGCAGACCAAAGGGCGUCAUGAUCGAACACCGGUGUAUCCUACGGCUCACAAAGCGGAGCAACAUUGUAUCAAAACUUCCCUCCGAUAUUCGGAUGGCACAUGUAGCCAAUAUAGGCUUUGACGUAUCACUGUGGGAGAUUUUUAAAACCCUUUUGAAUGGAGGGACCUUGGUUUGCGUCGACUACUUUAGUAUUUUGGAUACCAGGGCUCUUGACAGUGUGUUCAGACAACACCAGAUCAAUGCAGCCAUGCUCUCACCUGCACUACUCAAGCAGUGUCUGUUGAAUGUCCCGGAUAUAAUUCGUGGCCUCGAUGCCCUACUCGUUACUGGCGACCGAUUUGAUAGUUGUGAUGCAAUCAAAGCGCAAUCACUAGUCCGAGGGGGCGUGUAUAACGCAUAUGGUCCUACUGAAAAUACGACCCUUAGCACCAUGUCUGAGGUUAUUAAGAAGGACGAUGUAUUUGCCAAUGGUGUGCCGAUCGGGCGGGCCAUCAGUAACACCGGCGUCUACAUUAUGGAUCUUGCCCAACAGCCUGUUCCUAUUGGUAUUAUGGGAGAGCUUGUUGUAACGGGUGACGGUCUUGCUCGGGGCUAUACUGAUGCAGUACUAAAUCUCAAUCGGUUCAUACAGAUCAGCAUCGAUGGUCAAAAUGUGAGGGCUUAUCGAACUGGCGAUCGGGCACGUUACCGGCCAAAAGAUGGACAGGUUGAAUUCUUUGGACGUAUUGAUCAACAGAUCAAGAUUCGCGGGCACCGUAUUGAGCCGGCUGAGGUGGAACAUGCGAUCCUUGGUCAUAGCUUAGUUCGAGACGCGGCGAUUGUCACCCGAGAACGAGAUGGAUUUGAACGGGAAUUGGUUGCCUUCGUGAUAGGCCACAAAGGAGAAGUGGCAACGGACAUGGGCGAACAGGUCCGUCAACGCCUUCAGGCAUUACUUCCGUCGUACAUGGUCCCGGCCGAGAUCACCGUGUUGGAUCAGAUGCCACUCAACGCCAACGGCAAGGUCGAUCGGCGUGAGCUGAAACUGAGGGCCCAAAACAGCACUCCUAGAGGCCAGAUCAUGUCCACACGCGUAGCCCCGCGCAAUGAGGUGGAAGCUGCACUGUGCGAAGAGUUUGCGGAUAUACUCGGAGUAGAUGUCAGUGUGACGGACAACUUUUUCAAUCUCGGGGGACACUCCCUCCUAGCAAUGAGGCUUGCAGCGAGAAUCAGCCGCCGACUGAAUACUCGCAUCUCGGUCAAGGAUAUCUUCGAUCAACCAGUGCUUGUCCAACUUGCGGCGAGUGUCAAGCCGGGGUCAGCUAAACACCGUCCAAUCCCACCCUCGGCCUAUUCCGGUCGAGUUGAACAAUCCUUCGCGCAGGGCCGUCUCUGGUUCCUGGACCAGCUCUACCAUGGCAAAGCGUGGUAUCUCAUGCCACUUGCAGCGCGCUUGAAGGGAAGACUCAACAUUGACGCCCUCGAUGCUGCUUUAGCCACAUUGGAGGAGCGUCACGAAACGCUGCGGACAACCUUUCACGAACAGGACGGUGUAGGUGUGCAAGCUGUGCACCCAAAUCGUUCCAAAGUACUCAAAAUCACUGAUGUACCGUAUGAAAGCUAUCCUGACUGGAUUCGAGAAGAGCAGUCAACUCCGUUUGAUCUGACGUCCGAGUCAGGGUGGCGGGCCACAUUGCUGCGGCUGGGUGAGGACGAUUACAUUCUAUCGAUCGUGAUGCACCACAUCAUCUCCGACGGUUGGUCUCUCGAUGUUCUACGUCAGGAACUGGCUUUUCUCUAUAAAUCAAUGAUUCAUAGUGGAGAAAACAUCUCUGGGCUGCCACCCCUUCCCAUACAGUACCGAGACUUUGCUCUUUGGCAGAGGCAUGAGAGCCAGGCUCUCAUACAUCAGCAACAGCUUGACUAUUGGGUCAAGCAGCUAGCAGAUAGUUCUCCAGCCGAGUUCUUGUGUGAUAAGCCCCGGCCAGCCAUAUUAUCUGGUGAAGCUGGCAUUGUCCAGUUCCACAUCGAGGGGACAUUAUACGAGGAUCUCCAGGCCUUCUGUCUAGCCAACCAGGUCACCACCUUCACAGUCUUGCUCGCCGCCUUCCGCAUAGCGCAUUAUCGUAUCACUGGAGUGAAAGAUGCUGUCAUUGGGGCGCCAGUUGCUAAUCGUAACCGGGCAGAGCUGGAAAAUAUGAUUGGAUUCUUUGUGAAUACGCAGUGUAUAAGAAUUACAGUUGAAGACGACACAUUUAAUGAUCUGGUGCAACAAGUAAGACAGACGGCGGCCGCUGCCUUUGAGAACCAAGAUGUACCCUUUGAACGGAUUAUCUCAGCGCUCGACCUGGGGUUGAAGGAUGUAUCCCGUAAUCCGCUUGUACAGCUCAUGUUUGCUCUACAUUCGCAGAAGGAUCUUGGUAAGAUUCAACUAGAGGGUCUUGAUAGCGAAAGCUUACCUAUGGCAACUACAACUCGAUUUGAUCUUGAAUUCCACCUCUUUCAAGAGGAAGGCCGGCUAGGCGGCAAUGUUCUCUUUGCCACGGACCUCUUUCUGAUCGAGACAAUCACCAGUGUAGUCAACAUCUUCCAAGAAGUGCUACGCCGCGGACUCAGCCAACCGGACACUUCGAUUCCGGUCCUACCAUUGACUGAAGGACUUGACAAUACAUGCCUGCUACACCCAAGUGCCUACCCUCGAGAGUCAAGUGUUAUCGAUGUUUUCCGCGAGCAGGUAUCCAACUGUCUGGAUGCUAUCGCCGUCACAGAUUCGACCUCACGGCUGACGUACUCCGAGCUAGAUCAGCAGUCUGAGCAACUUGCUGCAUGGCUGAGGCAACGGCGGCUCAAGGCUGAGGUGCUAGUCGGUGUCUUGGCACCUCGGUCACACCAAACUAUCAUUGCCUUCCUCGGGAUCCUCAAGGCGAAUCUAGCCUAUCUUCCACUUGACAUUGACAUCCCUGCCUCACGGACUCAGGGAAUCCUCUCGGCCAUUCCCGGCCGAAAGAUUGUACUGGUUGGCAGGCUUGGUGCCGCAUCUCUUGCUGAUCAUGAACGGCUGCAGGACGUCGAGAUGGUAGAAAUCAGCGAUAUCCUAAGCCAGCAUGGCGGCCAAGGUGAUGUGACGGCAGGCAUUCCGGUCGUCAAGCCGUCUGCUUCAAGCCUCGCAUAUGUCAUCUUCACCUCGGGAUCUUCUGGGAAGCCAAAGGGCGUCAUGGUUGAGCACCGUAGUAUUGUCCGGCUUGUCAAGAAUACCAACCUGAUCGCAGACUCGAGGACGAUUGCCCGCGUUGCCCACAUGUCCAAUCUAGCGUUUGAUGCCGCUACGUGGGAGAUCUACGCGCCGCUUCUGAACGGCGGGACGGUGGUAUCUAUCGACCGCAUGACCGUCCUGGACUCUGCCGCGCUUGGUCGGGUUUUUCUAAACGAGGACAUCACAGCUGCUUUCUUUACAACAGCUUUACUAAAACAGCGCCUGGAGGAAAUGCCGUCGCUCAUCAGUAAUUUGCAUGUCCUCCUCACCGGGGGUGACACAAUGCGGCCGCAGGAUGCACACAAGGCCCGGCAGAUGCUACCACGAGGGAGCCUGUACAAUGUGUACGGACCAACAGAGAACACGACUUUCAGUACUUUAUACCCCAUGGGCAGCAGCGAGCCUUAUGCAAACGGCGUCCCCAUCGGGCUUCCUGUGAGCCACUCGGACGCCUAUAUCAUGGAUCCGCAUCAGCAACCCGUGUCUAACGGUGUCAUGGGAGAGCUCGUGGUGGUAGGUGAUGGACUGGCUCGAGGGUAUACCGACCCAGCCCUCGACCAAGAUCGUUUCUUGCAAAUCACCGUGAACGUGAACGGGAAAGAACAAAGUUUGAGGGCAUAUCGAACCGGAGACCGCGCGCGCAAACGGGUUACAGACGGCCAGAUCGAAUUCUUCGGUCGUAUGGAUCAUCAGAUCAAGAUUCGGGGCCACCGCAUCGAGCCAGCCGAGGUCGAGCAUGCAGCAAUAAAUCAGAAUGUAGUCCGAGAUGCGGCUGUAGUUGUUCGACGCUGCGACGGCGAUCAAGAGCCUGAGAUGGUCCUCUUUGUCACAACUUCUGACGACAUGUCCAUAACGGACGAAGCCAACAAGCAGGUACAAGGUUGGGGAGAUCACUUCGAGAUGAACACGUAUUCGCAAAUUAAAACUAUUGAUCAGUCUGCUCUGGGUAGUGAUUUUAUGGGAUGGACAUCCAUGUAUGACGGUAGUGAGAUCGACAAGGGUGAGAUGCAAGAAUGGCUCAAUGAUACGAUGCAGACACUUCUUGAUGGCCAGCCUGCAGGCCACGUGCUCGAGAUCGGUAGCGGUACCGGCAUGAUUCUCUUCAAUUUGGGCCAAGGUCUGCAGAGCUAUAUCGGGGUUGAUCCCUCCUCUUCGUCGGCCGCAUUUGUCAACAAUGCGAUUGAAUCCAUAUCAGCUCUAGCAGGCAAAGGUAAGGUAUAUGUCGGUACGGCAGCAGAUAAAGACCGGCUCAGUGAGAUUGUACCAAAACAACCAGGACCAGAGCUAAUAGUACUCAAUUCUGUGGUCCAGUACUUUCCUACUAUGGAGUACUUGAAAGAAGUCGUCGAUAUCCUUAUGGAGAUUCCGGGAGCCCAACGUGUGUUCUUCGGCGACAUUCGAAGUUAUGCAAUCAACAGGGACUUCCUCGCGGCGAGAGCCAUCCGUUCGUUGGGUCAAGAAGCAACCAAAGACAGUUUAGAGCGGAAGAUGAGAGAGUCGGAGGAACGCGAAGAGGAGCUGCUCGUUGAUCCAGCUUUCUUUACCGGACUUAUAAGGCAGUUUCCUGAUAGAGUCAAGCACGUGGAAAUACUGCCAAAGUGUAUGAAAGCAACCAAUGAGUUGAGUGCGUAUCGAUACGCCGCCGUCAUACACUUGCGUGGGCCAGACGACCUGGUACAGGAUGUAUAUACAACACAAGCAGAGGCCUGGAUGGACUUCAAAGCUUCUCACAUGGAUCGCGAUAGUCUCGUCCACAUGCUGAAAAACUCCCCAGACACGCCAACCGUCGCUGUUAGCAACAUCCCCUACGCGAAGACUAUUUUUGAGCGAUGUAUCGUGGAGACGUUGGAUGCCGUGGAAACAGAGGGCUCACUAGAUGGCACAGCUUGGAUUUCAACUAUGCGCGAGAAAGCCAAUGAAUGUGCAUCGCUAUCCGCAACGGAUCUGGUGGAGAUAGGGCAAGACGCUGGCUUUUCCGUCGAACUCAGCUGGGCUCGACAGCGGUCCCAGCACGGUGGGCUUGACGCCAUUUUCCACCAUUAUCAAGCUGGCAAGGAAGGGAGACGUGUCAUGGUUCAGUUCCCAACUGACGACGAAAAUCAGCCCGUGUCUGCUACUACCUUGACGAACCGGCCUCUACAGCGGUCACAGAGUCGCCGGGUCGAGGUUGAGCUUCGAGAGCAGCUGCAGACCUUGCUGCCAGCUUAUAUGAUCCCAUCCCAGAUAAUAAGAGUAGAUGAGAUGCCUAUUAACAACAACGGCAAAGUUGAUCGACGAGAACUAACACGACGAGCACAGACGGCACCAAGGAUCCAGGCAGCUUCCUUAGCACGUGUGGCGCCACGCAACGAGGUCGAGGCCGCACUAUGCGAAGAAUAUACUGAUGUACUCGGCACCGAGACUGGUAUAACUGAUAGCUUCUUUGCGCUCGGUGGGCAUUCAUUGAUGGCAACAAAACUAGUAGCGCGGAUUAGUCGCCGACUUGAUGCUAUUCUUUCAGUAAGGGAUAUCUUCGACCGGCCCAUCAUCGCUGACCUUGCAACGAUUAUCUGCCAAGGAUCAAAUCAACACAAUCCAAUCCCACCAACAGUAUAUUGUGGGCCAGUCGAGCAGUCCUUCGCACAGGGCCGCCUCUGGUUCCUCCACCAGCUCAGCCUUGGCCCAGAAUCAGGACAUGUGAUGCCGCUUGCAACUCGAAUGAGGGGACCACUCAAUAUUGAGGCACUGGAUAUGGCUUUAGGCGCGUUGGAGGACCGACACGAGACCCUCCGGACGACAUUCCACGAGCAAGAUGGGGUCGGUUUACAGCAAGUCCAUGCCAGGCGCCACGGGGGACUCAGGGUAAUAGACGUGCCAGCUGAGAAUGAUGGCUACCUCAAGACACUAGAUCAAGAGCAGAAGGCUCCCUUUGAUCUUGCAUCCCAACCUGGGUGGCGUGUCUCACUACUACGACUCGGUCGGGAUGAUCAUAUCCUGUCGAUCGUUAUGCAUCAUAUCAUCUACGAUGCCUGGUCUCUUGAAAUCUUGCAUCGCGAGUUAACCCAGUUCUACAGUCUAGCUCUUGGGGGGCGUGACCCAUUAUCAGAAGUGGCCCCUCUACCUAUUCAAUAUCGAGAUUUUGCAAUCUGGCAAAAGCAGGAGGCCCAGGUGGCUGAGCAGGAGAAGCAGCUAAAGUAUUGGGCGACACAGCUCGCUGGAAGCUCUCCUGGUCAGCUUCUGUGUGAUAAACACCGGCCGAGUAAGCUCUCGGGCAGUGCAGGCAUUGUCCGAUUCGCAAUCGAAGGCGAGCUUUAUGACAGGCUACAGGCGUUUUGCCUAACUUGUCAGACUACGACCUUUACUGUGUUGCUCUCGGCAUUUCGUGCCGCACAUUAUCGCCUCACCGGUGCAGAAGAUGCUACUAUCGGAACCCCCAUCGCUAAUCGCAAUCGGCCAGAGCUAGAAGGCAUAUUUGGUUUCUUUGUUAAUACCCAAUGUAUGAGAAUUGUGGUUACAGAUGAAGAUAGUUUCAGCGACCUAGUACAGGAAGUCCGAGCUACAGCAAUAGCAGCAUUCGAGAACCAAGACGUUCCUUUUGAACGCAUUGUAUCGACAAUCAUGCCCGGGUCGAGGGAUACGUCCCGAAACCCACUGGCCCAGCUAGUAUUUGCUGUUCACUCACAGGAAAAUAUUGGUCAAGCUGUCCAGCUAGAAGGUCUAGCCAGCGAGACCAUGCCAUCGACCCCGACUAUUACAUCGGAUCUCGAGUUCCACUUGUUCCAAGAAACACGAAGACUUGCCGGUGAUGUACGGUUUUCUACAGACCUCUUUGAGCCUGAAACUAUCCGCGGCCUCGUUGAUACAUUCCAAGAGGUGCUUCGCCACGGCUUAAACAAUCCUCACACCCCAAUCUCUGUGCUGCCGCUCACCGACGGCGUGGCUGAGCUCGAGAUCGAGAGGACGGACUAUCCCCGAGAUUCCACUGUGGUUGAUGUCUUCCGCGAGCAGGCAUCGGUGUAUCCAGACCGAGUUGCUGUUACCGACUCAUCGUCACAACUAACCUAUGCUGAGCUAGACCAUCAGUCAGACGAGCUUGCAUUAUGGCUUCACCAACGUAAUCUUCCUCCAGAAAGCCUCAUCGCGGUCCUCACGCCGCGGUCCUGUCAUACGAUUGUUGCCUUGCUGGGUAUUUUAAAGGCAAGCUUGGCUUACCUCCCGUUGGAUAUCAACUCACCCAGGGCCAGGAAUGAAGCGAUCUUGUCAAGCAUAGCCGGCCAGAAACUUGUACUCGUGGGUAGUGAUAUAGAUCCGGAUAUCCAGCUACCAGACGCCGAACUGGUACGGAUACCCGACAUUCUUGAUCAGUACAACUAUGUGAAUGCAGCAGAUAUCCCAGUUAUCACAGCGUCGGCGACGAGUCUUGCAUAUGUCAUUUUCACCUCUGGGUCUACAGGCCAGCCCAAAGGAGUCCAGGUAGAGCACCGCGGCAUCUUGCGGUUUGCAAAGCAAGCCAAAAUCAGGUCCAUGCUUCCUUCAAGUAUCCGGAUGGCACUUAUGACAAAUAUUGCGUUUGAUGUGUCCGCUGCCGAGAUGUUUGUGACGCUCCUCAAUGCCGGCACUCUGGUCUGUAUUGAUUACUUCACAUCUCUAGGCGGGAAAGCCCUCGAAACUGUCUUUGUGGAAGAAAAGAUCAACACGGCUGUACUUUCACCAGUGUUGCUAAAGGCUUGUUUGGCUAAUACACCCAAUGCGCUCAGGAACAUUGAUGCUCUAUUCGUGGGGGGCGAUCGAUUCGAUGGCCGCGACGCCAUCAGGGCCCAGGCAGUGGUGCGAGGCAUUGUUUAUAAUUCAUACGGUCCAACAGAGAAUACAAUGGUCAGCACGAUAUACAAGACUAGUCGGGAGGAGUUCGUGAAUGGAGUUCCUGUCGGACAGUCUAUUGAUAACUCUGGAGCCUUUGUCAUGGAUGGAAAACUACAACCCGUCUUGGCCGGAGUAAUAGGAGAACUCGUCGUCACGGGAGAUGGGCUUGCUCGAGGCUACACUGAUCCAUCGCUAGACCUUGAUAAGUUUGUCGAGGUCAUUAUGAAGAACGGCCAGACAGUGAGGGCUUAUCGAACAGGGGACCGGGCGCGAUAUCGACCAAAGGAUGGCCAGCUUGAACUCUUUGGGCGCAUGGACGACCAGAUCAAGAUUCGAGGCCACCGCAUUGAGCCUGGUGAAGUUGAACGGGCAAUGCUUAGCCAGGACGCAGUUCACGAUGCAGCUGUGGUUGUCCGCAUGCAGGAUAACAUCAGUCAUGAUGCAGAGCUCAUUGGUUUCAUCGCCGCCAAGCAAGACAAGGCCGUGGCCGAGUUGGAGAGAGACGUGCAAAAGCAUCUUCAGGUCUCUCUUCCCUCAUAUAUGAUCCCAACACAGAUCGUACUGGUAGACCAGAUGCCUCUCAACGCUAACGGUAAAGUUGAUCGGCGUCAGCUCACGCACAUGGCACGGACCGUCCCGAGAAACAAGUCGAUGGCUACCUCCGCGCGAGUGGCCCCUCGUAACGAGGUUGAAGCCACGCUCUGCGAGGUCUUUGCUGACGUCGUUGGUGUCGAGUUUAGCAUAACGGACAAUUUCUUCGACCUAGGCGGGCACUCUCUCAUGGCAAUGAGGCUGGCGGCACGUAUCAGUAGCCGCCUGGAUGUCCGUAUAUCCAUCAAGGAUGUGUUCGAUCACCCCAUCCUUGCCGAUCUUGCGUCUACUAUUCGGCAGGGCUCAGCUCGGCAUCGCCCGAUUAUCCCAACAAGUUACCAAGGGCCGGUCGAGCAGUCUUUUGCCCAGGGACGUAUCUGGUUCCUAGAUCAACUCAAUCUCAGCACAGGCGCGUCGUCGUACUUGAUCCCGCUAGCGGCACAUUUGCGUGGGCCACUUCACGUUGAUGCUCUCAAUACCGCCAUACUUAUGCUAGAGGCGCGACAUGAGACACUCAGGACAACCUUUGAGGAUCAGGAUGGCGUUGGCGUUCAAGUCAUUCACCCGGGCUACGGUGUAGGUCUCAGAGUGAUCGAUAUAGAACCUGAUCGUGAUACCUAUACAGAGUGGUUACGCCAGGAACAAACGACUCCGUUCGACUUGACCUCUGAGCCAGCCUGGAGAGUAUCACUGCUCCGGCUAGGGGAGGAUGACUACAUCUUAUCCGUAGUGAUGCAUCAUAUUAUAUCUGAUGGGUGGUCCGCUGAUGUCCUACGCCACGAGCUCGGCCACUUCUACGCUGCGGCACUCAAAGGCGAGCCGCCUUCGCUGCCACCCCUGCCCAUCAACUACCGCGAUUUCGGGAUGUGGCAGAAGCAAGAUGAGCAGAUGAAAGAACACAGACGUCAGCUUGAGUACUGGACCGAGCAACUGAUGGACAGUGCUCCCGCCGAGCUACUAUGUGACAAGCCCCGACCAGCUACACCAUCCGGAAACGCAGAGGCUGUGCAGGUUAUCAUCGACGGUGCCGUGUAUGAGGCACUACAAGCAUUCUGCCUAACUCAUCGGGUAACAGCCUUCACAGUCCUUCUCGCAGCCUUUCGCAUUACGCAUUAUCGUCUGACUGGCGCCGAGGAUGCCACAAUCGGUACGCCUAUUGCUAAUCGCAACCGUCCAGAAUUAGAGAAUAUUAUCGGAUUCUUCGUCAAUACACAAUGUAUUAGGAUUGUUAUCAAGGAUAGUGAUACAUUUGAGGAUAUUGUACGUCAAACUCGAUCAACGACAACAGCAGCGUUUGAUAAACAGGAUGUUCCAUUUGAACGAAUUGUUUCAGCAGUCUUGCCCGGCUCUAGAGAUACUUCUCGCAACCCGCUGGUGCAGCUCUUGUUCGCGCUUCACUCUCAGCAGAGCCUCGGCCAGAUCCAGCUGGAUGGUUUGACCAGUGAAUCAAUUCCAGUGGCGGCCAGCACUCGAUUUGACCUGGAAUUUCACCUGUCUCAGGAUGAUAACCGGUUGCUCGGUAGCGUCCUAUAUGCUACAGAUUUGUUCGAGUCCAAGACAAUCAACGGGAUAGUUGCCGUCUUUCAAGAGGUGCUUAAGGCCAGUCUUGCUCAGCCACACACUCCAAUUGCUGUGCUACCGUUAUUGGGGGAGGGGAUGGCGGAGCUGCAAAGCAUGAACUUGCUGGAGAUUCAGACAGCGGACUAUCCCCGAGAGUCAAGCGUGGUCGACGUCUUCCGCGAGCAAGCAUUUGCUUUUCCAGACCGGAUCGCCAUCUCGGAUUCAACAUUAGGUUCGCAGCUGACCUACAAGCAACUUGAUCAACAAUCCGACCAACUUGCCGCUUGGCUGCGACGACGACAGCUACUUGCUGGGACGCUGGUUGGUGUUCUAGCCCCCCGCUCAUGGCAAACAAUUCUGGCCUGCCUGAGCAUCCUCAAAGCCAACUUGGCAUAUCUACCGCUCGAUACUAAUAUUCCGACUGCACGGAUUGAGGCAAUUCUAUCGGCGGUGCCUGGUCAGAAGUUGGUGUUGGUCGGUCCUGACGUGACUGUGCCAGAUGUCCAGCUUCCAAAUGUCGAGAUGGUGCCUGUAGCUGAUGCUCUCAUCCAGCAAGUGCUGCUCGAUGCUGAUCUUGAACUCGACGCGGCAACCAUCUCAAUUCAGCCUUCUGCGACGAGCCUUGCCUAUGUCAUCUUCACCUCUGGGUCCACGGGUCGCCCGAAAGGUGUUAUAAUUGAGCACCGCAGCCUUCUCAGCUUAGUGAAGCAGAGCGAUCUCGCAUCUACGCUCCCACCCAGGUUCCGAAUGGCGCAAGUAACCAAUAUUGGCUUUGACGUCUCGCUUUGGGAGAUCUUCAGCACGCUUCUCAACGCAGGCACCUUGGUCUGUAUAAACUACUUUACAACCCUGGACAGUGCAGCCCUCGAGGCAACUUUUGCAAGGGAACAAAUCAACACGGGCAUAUUUUCGCCUACUUUAUUAAAGCAGUGCCUAAAUAACGUACCUACUCUCUUCAAUACCAUGGAUCUACUUUUAGUGGCCGGCGACCGAUUUGACGGCCACGACGCAGUCAAGGCCCAGUCACUGGUUCGAGGCAGUGUCCUCAACGGCUAUGGCCCUACCGAGAACACGAUCCUGAGCACGACGUAUCGAAUUCUCGAAAAUGAGUUAUUUGUUAACGGGGUUCCUAUUGGAAGAGCUGUCAGCAAUACCGGGGCUUACAUUAUGGAUCGACAUCAACAACUUGUUCCGAUCGGCGUCCUAGGGGAGCUUGUGGUUGCAGGUGAUGGGCUUGGGCGAGGAUAUAUCGACCCAGCACUCAAUGAGGGGCGUUUUGUACGCAUAAAUAUCAACGGCCAGGUGGUAAGAGCAUACCGCACCGGCGAUCGGGUGCGCCAUCGGCCAAAGGAUGGCCAAAUUGAGUUCUUCGGGCGUCUAGAUCAACAGGUUAAGAUUCGGGGCCACCGCAUUGAGCCGGGCGAGAUUGAACACGCUAUGCUAGGGCAUCCCAACGUUAGCGAUGCGGCUAUUGUUGUACGAAAGGAAGAUGAUAACGACCCAGAGUUGGUUGGUUUCGUCGCCGGCCAGUGGGCCGAUGGUGAUUCUGCUGAGGACGACGAGGCUAGUAGUCAGGUAGAAGGUUGGGGAAAUCACUUCGAGAUGGGCGCUUAUGCAGACAUUGACAAGAGCAUUGACGAGGCCAUUAUCGGAAAUGACUUUGUGGGGUGGACGUCAAUGUACGAUGGGAGCAAGAUUGAUACCGGCGAGAUGGAAGACUGGCUCAGCGACACGAUACACACUCUCCUUGACGGACAACCGGCGGGCCAUGUUCUCGAGAUCGGCACUGGGACUGGUAUGAUCCUCUUCAAUCUAGCCCAACAAGGUCGCGGCCUCGAGAGCUACGUCGGGCUUGACCCGUCUAGAAAGGCGGUCGCGUUUGCCAACCGUACAAUAGAAUCUAUACCGAGUCUGGCCGGUAAAGCCAAAGUUCACGUCGGCACGGCCAUGGACGUUGGUCGGCUCCAGGGACUCCGGCCGGACGUUGUUGUUAUCAACUCUGUCGCACAGUAUUUUCCUUCAUCCGAGUAUCUUCAACAGGUGGUUGACUGCCUGACUCGGAUUCACGGCAUCAAACGCAUAUUCUUUGGGGACGUGCGAAGCCUCGCCGUGAACAGAGACUUCCUUGCGGCAAGGGUUAUCUAUGCGUUGGGUGACCAAAAAGCGUCCAAAGAAACUGUUGCGAGGAACAUGGCAGAGCUAGAAGAACGUGAAGAGGAACUGCUUGUUGACCCGGCAUUCUUCACAGGGCUCAUGAAACAACUGCCUGGUAAAAUCAAGCACGUCGAGGUUCUGCCGAAGCGGAUGGAAGUUUCUAACGAGUUGAGCUCCUAUCGAUAUGCGGCCAUUAUACAUUUGCACAGCGCAGAUAAUCAGCUUCUGUCUCAGUCUAUACACACGGUUAACCCGGACGCUUGGCUAGACUUUGAAGCCGCCCGGAUGAACAAGAACGCGCUUUUGCAUGUCCUCCAAAGCUCGCCAGACGCCCUGACCGUCUCCGUCAGCAACAUCCCUUACGCAAAAACCAUCUUUGAGCGGCACGUUGUAGAGUCGCUUGAUGAUACGACUAUAGAGCGCUCGCAACCGGAUAAUGCACCGAGUGGGACAUCGUGGAUCUCGGAUAUCCGCAAGACAGCCCAAAACUACGCAUCCCUCUCUGCUACGGACCUCGCAGCAGUAGGGCAAGAGGCGGGUUUCCACGUGGCGCUCAGCUGUGCUCGACAACGGUCCCAACAUGGCGGUUUAGAUGCCGUCUUCCACCGUUAUCAGGGCCCUGUCCUGAUUCAGUUCCCGGUGGAAGAACUAUCGCCUUCUCAUGCCCUAACAAAUAGACCGCUGCGGAGGCUGCAGAGCCGCCGGGUGGAGAUGCAAGUCCGAGAGCGGCUACAGGCACUGCUCCCAUCUUACAUGAUUCCAACGCAGAUCAUGGUAGUACCAGAGAUGCCCAUCAAUAGCAACGGCAAAGUUGAUCGGCGAGAACUUAGUCGGCGAGCCCGGACCACCCCGAGAGCCAAGCCGGCUUCGCAGCACGUGGCCCCUCGCAACGAAGUGGAAGCCACGCUGUGCGAGAUAUUUGGCCAUGUACUUGGCGUUAACGUUGGCGCCACGGAUAACUUCUUUGAUCUCGGCGGACACUCCCUUACCGCGACGAAGCUUGCGGCACGGAUCGGCCGUCGGCUGCAUACCCAUGUCUCUAUCAAAGACAUCUUCAACUCACCAGUCCCUGCUGACCUUGCGAACAAGAUCAGGAGCAAUCAACUAAAUGGGAACGCAGAGAGCAAUGGAGUCUCACACACAGAGCACUACGUUCCAUUUCAGCUGCUGGCUGAAGAUCCGCAGGAAUUCAUCUUGCGCGAGAUUUCUCCCCAUCUUAAUCACGGCCACGGCCGAAUUGUGGACAUAUAUCCCGCUACGUCGCUCCAGAAAAGCUUUGUUCAUAAUCCAGCGACGGGAGAACCACGCCCUCCGUUGCUUUUCUUUAUGGAUUUCCCCGCUGGCUCUGACUCUGACUCGUUAGCCCGCACGGUUGAGGCCUUGAUCCGCCAUUUUGAUAUCUUUAGGACCGUGUUCCUUUUAGCAUCAGGGAUUUUCUAUCAAGUGGUCCUAGAGCAUCUCGAAGUGCCCAUCGAAGUAAGGAAUGUUGAGGGGGAUCUCACCAGUGCGACGCGUGCUCUAGUCGAUCAAGAUCUAGAACAGCCUCUCCGUUUAGGGCAGCCGAUGCUACGUGUCACUAUCCUAAAACAGCCAGAUUCAGCGGUACGAAUAACACUUCGAAUGUCCCAUGCGUUGUAUGACGGCUUGAGCUUCGAGCCCAUCGUACGCGCCUUUCACGCUCUGCACAACGGCAUUCACCUUCCAACACCGCCCACGUUCGGACGAUAUGUUCAACACGUGUCUGAAAGUCGCAAGGACGGUUACGAGUUCUGGCGCUCCAUCUUGCAAGCUUCGUCGAUGACAGUCGUCGGUAGUCAUGAAGAGUCACACCCCGAACGUAACGGCACAUGGAUCGUAGACAAGGUCAUCAAGGUCCCCUUCCAACCGAAUGCAGACGGUAUUACGCCAGCCAACAUCUUCACUGCUGCCUGUGCUCUCAUGUUAUUAAAGGAGACAGAAUCAAACGACGUCGUUUUCGGUCGAGUCGUGUCCGGGCGGCAGUGCUUACCGACAAGUUACCAGCAAGUCGUCGGUCCUUGCACCAAUGCUGUUCCUGUGCGCGUCCAGAUAGAUGGUGAAGGGAACCCGAAGCCGAGAGAAUUGCUCCGGAACGUGCAAGACCAGUAUCUCAACAGCUUACCCUUUGAAACACUAGGACUGGAUGAAAUCAAGCAGAAUUGCACAAACUGGCCAGAGACGACCACGGAGUUCGGUUGCUGCACGGUGUAUCAGAACUUCGAUACACAGCCCGAAAGUCGGAUCCAGGACAAGCAGAUCCGGCUAGAGCAUCUGCCCAUAAAAACUUGGGCCGCCGAGUCCAACGAGUCCGACAGUACUCUAAAACGAAAUCCGAUUAGCCAAGCCGUGAUCCACGACAUGUACAUUGAAGGAAAGCCAGAUGCCGAUGGACGUCACCUCCAACUAACCAUCGGGGCGAGCCAGAGACUUUUUAAACAAGAGAUGGUGGAACGCAUGGUCAAUUACCUCUGCGAGAGGAUUCAGAGCUUGAGUUCGGCCUUGCAAGAUCCAGUCCCCAACGGUAACAGCAGCAGCAACACGCCAAUUUACAUUCUUGGGGUGGGCAGCAUGGGUAAGUUUGCGGCCAGUGCUCUGAGGAGGCACCACCCUCAGUUGCCCAUCACACUGCUUCUCCAUCGCGAUGAUCUCAUCUCAGAAUGGGAUGAGGGGGGUAGAGCCAUCGAAUGCAUUACGGACAGUAAAUCCGUCAAGGCAACAGACUUUGAGGUUGAGCUUCUGUCCCAAGAGCUGCAAACCCCAAUCAGGAACCUAAUUGUUGCUACCAAAACAUAUUCAGUGGUCUCGGCGGUUGGGAUGGUGAAGCAUCGCCUUGGAAGCGAAUCCACCAUUCUGUUCUUGCAGAAUGGAAAAGGUAACGAUACAUGA